AUGCCUGGUGACGGAGAAGUAUUCGAAGACGCAAAUGAUCAACAACAAUUGCAUGUUGCAAGAGUCGCCAUUAAAUGUCCUCCGUUUUGGAAGAUCAAUCCCAGAUUAUGGUUUGCGCAAAUAGAGUCGCAGUUUUCGAAUGCAAAUAUUGUUUCUGAUCUUACAAAAUACAACACCGUUGUAGGACAUAUUGAAAGCGAAAUUCUAAAUGCAGUAAGUGAUAUUGUUCUCAAUCCGCCUAAUCAAGGUAAAUAUGAAACUUUGAAAACAAGAUUAAUCGAGUCAUUUGCUGACAGUGAAGACGAGCUUGCUCGUAAGUUACUUCAAACCAAUUCCAAUGAUGAUUCAAAACCAUCACAAAUAUUGAAAAAUAUGAAAGAACUGGCUGGAUCGAAUAUUUCGAAUUCUCUAUUAAAAACAUUAUGGUUACAGAAAUUAGACCCUCACAUUCAAGCAGUUCUAAUUUCUAAAAACGAAAAUUUGACUGAACUGGGCAAGUUGGCUGAUCAAAUCGGAGGUAUUCCAGGUUUUAAAAAAAAUAACAUUCUUACAGUUUCUAAACAAGAAUCUGAACUGGAAAGCAGAAUGAGUUCGCUGGAAUCAAAAUUGGAUAAAUUACUUCGGAUCAACAAUUCAAAAAGCUCUUCACGUUCACGUUCAAAUUCUCGGUCACGUUCUUAUGUGAAUUUACGUCAUAGAAGUCCAACUCCAGGUAAUAGCGGUAACAAAGAUCUUUGUUGGUAUCAUGCAAAAUUUAGAUCCAAAGCGAAUCUAUGUGUACCACCUUGUAAUUUUGUACAGAAGAAAAAAGGUACUUCAAUUUCUUUUUCGGAAAACUAG